AAAAGUUUCAAUCAACUGCAACCCCAAAGCCCAGAAAGCUAGUCGCCUCGUCCAACUGCUCUUGCCCAGCUUCAUCUUUGCAUUGCCUUCGCUAGGGUCUCUCGACGUCUGCCUCGCCGACGACGUUGCGUUGAUACCUGUCAUACGCGUCAGUCGCGCCCGACAUCCACCUAGAUUCCACGCAGCACAGCCGCUGCCUGGUCGACCAAGAACGCAUCCAUCCGCCUCGUCCAAUUCCAGUCAUGAUGAGUGGGAACACUGGCGCCGGCAACAGGAAUUUCCCCCCGGGAAUCCGAGUGAACCAGAUUGCGACGCUUCCCCACCUGAACGACCAGCAGAAGGCAAACUAUACACGCGGAGUCGCAAACCUGUACGAUACGUUCCAGAAGCAUGACAAGGAAAGUCCGGAGUAUAGGACGGCAGCCCAGAAGCUGAUGGAGUUUACACAAAAGAUGGGGAAAGAGGUUAAAGAAUGGAAAGAACGACAAGCGACGGGCGGCGCGGCAAACGCACAACAACAAGGAGGCGUUAGACCACAAAGCCAGGGACAGCCGGGCCAGCAGCAGCAACAGCAACAACCAUCGCAGCCGCAGCAAGCAAGCCAGGCCUCGGGACAGCAAACAUCGCAGCAGCAGAUUGCGCCCAAGAUCAUGCAGCAUGUGCAGAGCUACAGCUACUCGCUGCCGCCCAACAUAGCCUCGGGAACACCAGAAGCGGAAAGCAAGAUAAAGGAAAUGAGGUCGACUUACGCGGCGGCGCUUGCCCGAUCGGAACAGCUGUCGACUCAGGUCAAGAAAAUCCAGGCAAUGGCGCAGGAGCGACAGGCGUCGGGGCAGGAGGUGCCGCCGCAGUGGCACCAGCAGAAGCAGGCGCUGGAGACGCAGUGGCAGAAUGCGCAAAGGUUCAUCAAUGACUUCCGAACGAAGCAGGACCAGUACAAGAACAUGGCGCAACAGGCGCAGGCGCAGACGCAACCGCAGCAAGCGGCGCCGUCGCAGCCGUCGCAGCAGGCGCAGCAGGCGCAACAGGCGCAACAGGCGCAACAGGCGCAACAGGCGCAACAGGCAGCGGCAGCCGCGCCACCCCAACAACCACAGAUCAAAACGGAAGGAGGCACGGGUAACCAGCAAGCGCAGCAAGCCCAGCCACAGCCCCAGCCGCAGGCGCAGCCGCCACAACCGCCCGUCAUGAACAAUCCCGCCGUCGAAGCAGCGCGACAGCAGCUCAACCGUGGUUCUAUGAGCCCCGUGACGGCAACCCAACCGCAGCAGCAGCAGCAGCAACCCGCGCAGAACCAGAACCAAUCGCCCUUCCAGCAGGGCGCCCCUGCCCAACAACAACAAACCCCCGUGCAGCAGCGUCCGCAGCUCAACCCGCAGCAAACUGCCGCCCAAAUGAACCCAAUGCACCAGAACUCGCCACACGCUGGGCCUCCCGUGCCCCUCACCCAUGGCCAGGCCAUGACGGCAGCUGCGCGCACAUAUUCCGAUCAGCGCACCACUCCCCAGAUCCCCGCCGCCCAGGGCUACCAAAUGGGCAACAGAGACCAAAUCUCAAACCCCAAGAUGCCCAUCCCCAAGACGCUCAGCGUCCCGUCACCUCACCCGGUCAACAUGGGUCCGGCGAGGCCCACCCUCGGCGGGCCAAGCAACGGCGCGCCUGGCAUGAUGGGCCAGCCUGUGAUUGCCGCACAUCCCCAAUAUCACCUUGAAGGCGACGGUGAGCGUGUUCUCAGCAAGAAGAAGCUGGACGAACUGGUGAGACAAGUUACUGGCGGAGGUGAAGGCCCAAGUGGCGAGAACUUGACGCCUGAAGUUGAAGAGGCUAUGCUGCAGCUCGCAGAUGAUUUCCUAGACAACGUCAUCACCUCCGCAUGCAAGCUCGCCAAGCUUCGCGAGUCGUCGACGCUAGAAAUCCGCGACAUCCAAUGCAUUCUUGAGCGCAACUACAACAUCCGCAUUCCCGGCUACGCCUCCGACGAGAUCCGGACAGUGCGCAAGUUCCAACCUGCGCCGGGCUGGACGCAGAAGAUGAACGCGGUUCAAGCGGCGAAGGUAAUGGGUGGCAAGACGGACUAGACGGACUCCAGUUUCAUGGUUUGAUUGUUGUUUCUUGAGUGAGCCUACCGUAGGCUGCAAGACUUGGAAGAUGCAAGCAAGCCACGGCGCUAUGAACAUGGCACACAAGGACAUGGGUGGCAGGAAGGGGUACGCAUCAGGAACGAUGGAUAGUCAGUAUACCCUAGGAGUCUUUACGAGACUUUAAUGGCAGGCUCGAGCUUGGCCCCC